GCUAUUCCCACGAGUUUGUCGGCGAUAAGGCUCCGCCGGAGACGAAGUGGGAGAAAUUUGAGCAGUACCAGGCCUGGAUGCGCAUCCGGAUGGCCGAGCUGAAGAGGGAAGGGCAGAAAAGCCACAGCCAGUGCCUGGAGCUCGCAAAGUGUGAGUGGGAUCAAGGAGGUAGGGUCGUGAAAGUUCCCAGCGAUGCUGUCGCAGCUUGCCGUGUGCCGGGCCUGAACAAGGAGUCAUUCGACGAGCAUGUUCUGCAGUGCCUGGGCAUGACCGUGGACGUCGACCUCAGCCUUCUCACCGUCAAGGACGGGGGGCCCCUGGCCUUCUGUAACGUUCCCUUGGAUCCCACCAACGGCUUCUGGAAAAUUGUAGCAGUGGGCCGAGGUGAGACAAAGCACCGAACACCGGAUCUUCCGGCCUUCCUG